AUGACUUCAGCAUCAAAAUGGGCCAAAGGGGGCAGCAUCAUCAGAGAGGUGUCAGGUGACACCUAUGAGGUCAUUGUGGACCACUCCUUCUUCACCGAGCCUGUCUCCUGUGAGGUCACCAAUGCCCUGGGCAGUACCAACAUCAGCAGGAACGUGGACGUCUACUUUGGGCCCAGAAUGGCUGCUGAGCCACAGUCCCUACAGGUGGACCAGGGAUCAGAUGCUAUCUUCAACUGUGCCUGGACAGGAAACCCCUCCCUCACCAUCGUGUGGAUGAAACGCGGCUCUGGAGUGGUGCUUAGCAAUGAGAACAUCCUGACGCUAAAGGCGGUGAGGCAGGAGGAUGCUGGGAAGUACGUAUGCCGGGCGGUGGUCCCCCGAGUUGGAGCUGGAGAGAAGGAAGUGUCCCUCACUGUGAAUGGUCCUCCCACUAUCUCCAGCACCCAGACCCAGCAAGUCCUCUACGGGGAGAAGGGGCAGAUCAAGUGUUUCAUCCGCAGCACUCCUCCUCCCGACCGCAUUGCCUGGUCGUGGAAAGAGACAGUCUUGGAGUCGGGGACGUCUGGCCGAUACACAGUGGAGACAGUGAGCACUGAGGAGGGGGUCAUCUCCACCCUCACCAUGAGUAACAUCGUCCCUGCUGACUUCCAGACAAUCUAUAACUGCACCGCCUGGAACAGCUUUGGGUCCGACACAGAGAUAAUUCGACUGAAGGAACAAGGUACACCAACUCCCGUUUUUAAGCCCUGUCUAAGCUGGGGCUUUGGUACCGGGGACCUUCAGAAAAGUAUUGUGAGGCCUGUGGGUCUCCUAAAGCAAAACAACUACAAUGAGCAGCAAUGGCUCAGCCGCGAAGUGGUAGGCCACACAAGAUCUCAGAAUGGGACCACCGAGUGCUGA